AUGUCUUCCACCUGCAACUCAGAAGAUGUCCCGCACAAGCUCAAUGUUAAUAGCUCAGUUGGUCGGCGUUACCCCCGAUAUGUGCAUUGGUUCCGUCAGUAUUUGCCUCAUACGAACUGCGGCAGCUGUUCAUGUGAUGUGGACUGGGCAUACAAACGAAUUACAGUUCGUUUAUGGGACUACUUUCUCUCAGAAACGUAUUCCGAAUAUGUUUAUAUCCUUGACAAAGAUGGUUACUUAGACUACGCAGUAUUGGCACGUGACUUGGGUGUGGAAGAACUUUUGGCGGUAGCCACACGAUGUGUGACAGCGUGCCACUUCUGUACUCGUAGGUCUACGCGUGAACGAGCUGUAAGCACGAAAGCCAAGAUGGAAGGGAAAUCUUACUUGACAGUAGUUGAAAAUCCUCGCGGCCUCAACAAGAUUUUACGAGAAAUACCACGGCAGGAGGUGUCUUUGAGGAUGAUUCGCGUGCGUUGGUACCCCACCCCUGGCUCGACAUUCGAAGAGACAGUCGAGCCGUUGGAUAAGUAUGGCCGCCUAUCUCUUGGCCAAAUCGCUCGUCGACACAGUAUUGCAAAUGUUCACGUCUUUAAUCCUCGGAACAAGAAGCGCUUCAUUACCGACCGCAUGCGAGCUCUAUUCUAUGAUGAAUUCGAAAAGGUCAUGUUUCCCCAUGGUUUUAUUGCGCUCACUGAUGCCGCUGUCCCUAUGAAACCGGAAGGCCAAGUCAUAUGCUACGAGCUAUCUCAAGCGUGGAACAGGUUGACCCGUAUCUUUGGCACUGCGACCAAGAUGCCAAAGGCAAGCCAAACAUAUUAUUUGCCUCAGUCUGAUGUUACAAGGGAAGUGAACGAGAAUAAAGAUAAAUCGUACUGUUCGGACCAUGCUCGUCAGAGCGGAGGAAUUGAUUCAUACCCAGGACUCCACAGAAAAGUCGAAGGAUGUUUCGCCAAUCCCACACCCGCUCGAUGGGCAAACAAGCGAAUCACUAUUCGUCUCUGCGAUUAUUUCCUCUCAGAAACCUACUCCGAGUUCGAACACACACUUGACAAAGAUGGUGUUUUAGAUUAUGAAGAGUUAGCGCAUAACUUGGGCGUUACGGAAUUGAUGCCGGUCCCAGUGCGGAGUGUCAAAGAUGGCUUUGGUCAAAUUUAUCCCUCGACAAUCCACGAACCGCCUAGGAUCACCAGGUCCAUGAUGGAGGGAAGGAAGUACUUGAUUGUCGUGGAGAACUCUCGUGAUGUGGGUAAGCUGCAGCGUACUGUUCCGCAGAACGAGGUCUCAGUACGGUCAAUGCGCGUGCGAUGGUAUUCUACCCCCGGCACGGGUUACGAAGAAAGUGUCGAGCCCCUGGACAAGUACGGCCGCCUCUCUCUUGGGCAGAUCGCUCGUCAGCGUGGGGUUGCGAACGUCCAUGUUUUCGAUCCUAAGGACAACAAACGAUUCGCGACCGAUCGCAGGCGCGCCCUAUUUUUCGACGAGUUCGCAGGCAUCGUGGAUCCUGAUGGUUAUUUGGCUCUCACUGAUGCCGCGGUAGCUAUGCGCACCAAGAAACCACGUGGAGUGUCGUCUGUGGACACUGGAGAACGCUUGACGCGACAAAUCCGCCCUGUAAACUGGCUUCUUCGCACAAUGUUUCGGAGGCCGAGCAAGAUGAGAACUCCCAGAAAAGCAAAGAUGGACUAUGACACUUGUCGUGUGUAA